AUGCAUUGGCUCUCGUACGCGGUUCUCAUUCUGUUGGCGGGCGUCACACCAGUUCUCUGCGUGGAACCAGCAACAUCUCCGCCUUCGCCCACUAAGACGCAAACCUCUACCAAUUUCACCGUCCCUCUCACAGCCUACAACGCUGAGGUAGAAGAGACUGGGGUGCCAAAAACCUCAUUACCGACACUGGAGACUACGACAAGCGCUGGGAACGAUCACUGGGGAUUCUACCUCUUCAGGACGACAUACGACGACAAUAAUCUUUGGGACCGAUACGUGGAGUACAUCCGCAAAAGAGCCAAUGAGAGCAUCGAUGAAUAUGAUGAAGGCCAUGAAUGGCAUCCUCAUUUUCGUCUCUUUGUCAUCGAGGGUCCCGACUUGAGGGGUGCCUCGAUUGAGCAUGUUAGAACGCGAUUCGCGACAUGGCGCGACCGGCCCAAUGUCAGGGCUCAUGGGGUUUACUCAGACAUCGCCCCGAGCAAGUACUUUGACGAAUAUGUUCUCUCCAGGUUUCCACUGUAUGCGGAUGCGGAGUGCCUGGAGUCGUUCAGCGUCUACACUCAGCUGAAGAACGGGUCGCGAGAGCAGGCGGAGCACAAGGUUUUGGUGAAGGCGAUGAAUGUCGAGGGUAGCGACAGCUAUGUGCUCAAGUGGAAAAGAGAUUAUUGGAGGAAUCCGGAUUAUCGGUGGAUGCUUGUGAGUUGUGAGGAGCUGGUGCAGUAUUGGGAUAUCAUGUCGUCGAGUUGGGGUGGCUGGCAUGAGCAGUAUAUGAAGUUCAACGCUGGGGAGAAGAGGAGGCCUUGGGAGCCGCUGAUUCAGCAUGAUGAGUUGUAG